GGGUUGUUGAAGAUGAAGAUAAAACCAUGGAAAUCUUGAAGAAAUGUUAUGAUGUCGGGAUUAGAACAUUUGAUACUGCUGAUAUGUAUUCCAAUGGGAAAUCAGAAAUAUUAUUAGGGAAGUUUCUCAAGAAAUAUCAUAUUAAGAGAGAUAGAGUGGUUAUCAUGACUAAAGUGUAUGCUGCAAUCGACGAAACUAACUUUUCCUUUAGAUUUCAAGAAGCUGAUUUACCAGAAUAUGAAUUCAUUAAUUCUAAGGGAUUAUCUAGAAAACAUAUCUUUGAUGGUGUUCAAGAUUCAGUGAGAAGAUUAGGUACAUAUAUUGAUGUGUUACAAAUCCAUAGAUUAGAUAGGACCACUCCAAAACAUGAAAUCAUGAAGGCAUUGAAUGAUGUGGUCUUAGCGGGUCAUGCUAGAUACAUUGGAGCAUCAUCUAUGAAAGCAGUUGAUUUUGCUCAAUUACAAUUCCUUGCUGAAAAAAAUGGAUGGUUUAAAUUUAUCAGUAUGCAGAAUUAUUAUAACUUGAUUUAUCGUGAAGAAGAACGUGAGAUGAAUGUAUUCUGUAAUGACAAUGAUAUUAGUAAAGUUGGAAUAAUCCCUUGGUCUCCGAUUGCUAUGGGACUUUUAGCUCGUCCAUACUCUCCGGGUGAAACUAUCAAAAGAAAUAAUGCAAUUGUUGAAAUCUUAAAAUUUAAUGAUUUACCUAAAGGUGAUAUUGAAAUUAUUAACCGGGUUGAAGAAAUUGCUAAAAAACAUGAUACUUCAAUGGCUAUAGUUGCUACCGCUUGGCUUAUUUCAAAAGAAGCUAGUCCAAUUGUUGGUCUCAAUUCAGUUGAAAGAGUGGAAGAAAUCGUCAAAGCAACUCAUUUUAAAUUAACUGAAGAGGAAAUCAAGUAUUUAGAACAACCUUAUGAACCUAAAUAUUAUCAGUUCUUUAGUUAGAAUAAUCGAAUAAUCUAAAUAAUUUAAAAUCUAUCCCUUUUUUUGCAACACAUUACUAACAUUUUGUAAUAUUCUUCCCAAUGAAGUAGUAUCCGUAAUAUUUGUCAUCCACAAUGUUUAAAUAUAGGAGGCUGUAGUUUUAACACCGUAAAGUUCGCUUCAUUCAGCUCGGCCAUACAUUUAAAGUAAGAGAUUGUUAAAGCAACUCAUUUUAAAUUAA